AUGGACGACACUUGGAGCACAGUGUUUGUGGCCGCCGUUUCUGAAAAUCACUUUUUUGAAUUGAGAAGCUUUGUAGCUAAACUCAGGAAAUAUUACAAAAAGAGUCGACUUGUGGUAUAUGAUAUCGGGUUGAGCAGUAACAGCGUAAUUUUUUCGUAUUUUAUGUUUUGUAAAGAAAGUUCUUGCCAUUUUGUGUUUUGUAAAGAAAGUUAUUGCUAUUUUUUUUGUUACGUAAGUAAACUUGUCGCCAUUUUUUAAUUUGUGAGGAAAGUUCUUACUCUUUUGACUUUAAUAAUCUUGACAUUUCUAGAUAUCAGAGAUUAAAUCAUGGUGCUACGUAGAGUACAGGUACUUCAACUUCAGUCAUUAUCCGGAACAUGUCAAACACUUGGCCAAUUAUUCAUUUAAAUUAGUCAUUGUGGUAAGUAUUAUCUAUAAUACCUAUAUAACACUAUAAAGCUAGCUAAAAAAUCUAAAUCUCCUACCCUGCCCAUCCCAGCAUUUUUAAAAUUUUUCGUUAGACGACCUCAAGAAACAAGUACCUUUACCUAUUAAAACAUGCCAUUCUUUGUGCUUCAACUAUAAUAAAGACUAAAAAACAAAUUCCAGGAAGCUCUCCAAUCCCUGAAUGCCUUCUUCUACGUUGACACGUCGGUGUCUUUCAAGAAAAACGGCCACAAACAUUUAGUGGAAUCGGUCAAGUCGAGGCUUCUUCAACCAUUCUCUACAUUUCCAUAUACAUUUCACAAUGUUUACGUCGCUACUCAUCCACAAAUGUACGAGUAUAUUCCAACGCCCGAGGUUGCUACAAAAAUGACAGAACGAGUGGCUACGGCAAUGUUUGUGGUCGAUUCACCUUAUACUAGGAAGAUCAUGAAGUGGUAGGAAUUUGUACUAUUACAUACUAAAAGUUAGAGUAGAGUAGUAUAGUAAAGGUAAAGUGGAAUAAAGUUAAAGUGAGAUAACAAAUGGCAGGGUAGGGUAAAAUAGUAAAUUUUAAGAGUAUAACUGUAGGAUUUAUACGGAUCACGUUAGGCUAUGUUAGAAUGUAGGACAAAGCAGAGUAAGGCAAAACAAAGUAUUGCAUGGCAGAGGUCAGUACCAUAGAGUAGGAUAAUGUAGUUUAGGGUAGAGGAGAUUAGGGCAAGGUAGGAUAAGGUAGAGUAGGGUAGGGUAGUUUUAGGUAAGGUAGAGUAACAUACAAUGAGGUGGGACAAGGUAGAUUACUCUUCUCACAACACUUACUACUCCCCUUCAGGUGGUACCUCUGCGCCAUGACCCCAUCAUGCAUAUCACCACCUAAUGCCACUCAUAUCUGUCAUACCAGAAGGCUUAGAAAACGACCGAAUUCAUAUGCAAAUUGCCAUCGUUUUGACCAGUCCUUCUGGAAUCUAAUGUAUCUAAACGAUUUAUUUGGAAGCUCAAGUUUUGCCAUUACCAUGGGACUAACUGAACCUUAUACUGAACUCAAUCGAAGUAUUGUCUUUGAAGUUAACCGAGGAUUGAAAGCGAAAUUAGAAGAAGUUUUUAGAAGAAGCGUUAGAAUUCGAAAAGGUGUCAAAAUAAAAAAGUCAUUUGUUGACAAAAGUUGUUUUUAG